AUGGAAUUUAAUGGAAGUAAUUAUUUCCGAUUUAGAUUAGCCUUAAGUUUAAUAAGUGGAAAAGCUAUAACAAUUAAAAAUAUAAGAAAGAACAAAAAUGGAAUAAAAAAUGAUAAAGAAUUAAAUGAAGUAAACAAGAAACUAGAAAUUGAAGGAUUACGUGAAUACGAAGCAAAAAUUUUAAAACUCAUUGACAAAUUAUGUGAUAAUACAAUAAUUAAAAUUAAUGAAAAUGGUGAUGAAUUAUAUUUUAAGCCAGGAUUCUUAAUAGGUAAUGUAAAUGAUGAAGUAAGAAUUAAUGAUUUAAAUAUAACAUUCCAUUGUGGCAAAGAAAGAAGUAUAACAUAUUUUCUCGAAUUUUUAUUAAUGAUAGUUCCAUUUUUUAAAAAUCCAGUUAAAUUAUUAUUAAAAGGAAUAACUGAUGAUUCUAUUGAUAGCACUGUUUAUACAUUAAAAAUUGUGAGUGAACAUUUUUUUAAAACAUUUUUAAAAGUUGAUGAAAAUUUUCUGAACAUUACAAUUCUAAAAAGAGGAAUAAAAUCUGACUUUUCAGGUGAAGUAUCAUUUUUUAUGAACAACUUAAAAUCAGUAAAUCCUUUUGACAUAAGCGAUCCAGGAUUAAUUAAAAAAAUAAGGGGAUCUAUUUUUUGUAAUAAAAUUUCAUUAAUUUUUAGAAAUAAAUUCAUGAACUGCGCAAAAAAAAAUUUAUUUCAGUUUACCCCUUAUGUUAACAUUGAAAUUGAAAAAGCCAAAUUUCAAAAAAGUGAUGAAGAAAAUCAUUUUAUUUCAUUAUCCCUAUUUGCGCACACACAAAAUAAUUGUAUUUAUGCAACUGAUUUAUGUAUUGAUGAGUUUUUACUACAACAUGUUAAAGAUACAUUAAAUAUUAAUAAUAAAAGGAGUAAUACUGAUUCCAUAAGUCAUGGAAUAAUCAAUGGAAACAGUAUUCAAAAUUAUGAAAAUAAAUUAGAAUGUAAAAAAAUUGAAGAAAAUUUUCUUAUAAAUAACAACGAUCCAUCAUCUAAAGAAGAAAAUAGUUGUAUUGAUUAUAAUAAUUUUUCAAAUGGCAUAACACAUAAUUUUCAUCAAGUUGACAUAUAUGAAAGAUUAGGUUUUUUUAUUUCCUUAAAGAUGAUAAAUGAAAUAAAAGGGUUGUCAUCAAUUGAUACAAAUUAUCAGUGGUUACCUAUACUAUAUAUGGCACUAGCAAAUGAUACUUCGGUUUCAAAAAUUACAUUAAAUAUUCUAAAACCAUACUCUAUUGUGUUAAUUAGAUUGUUAAGUGACUUUUUUAGUGUUGCUUUUGAUAUUAAAAAAGUAGAAAAGUCUCAAAUAGAUUAUUCUUAUAUAAUAAAAUGUGUAGGUGUAGGCUAUCGUAACUUUUCAAAAAAAACUUUUUAA